AUGGUCCAAUUAUUUGGAGAAUUUAGUGAUGAGGUGGGCUUAGCAACCAUGAUGCUGGCAUUUUUGUAUCAUCAGCAACUUAAGUAUGGGAAAGCAAAGGAACUGUAUGAGAAAGCACUGCGCAUCAAGCAAGAGACUGGUGACAGAAAAACUGAAGCAACGUGUUAUGGUCGCCUCGGGGGACUCUUUCAUCAUCUCGGUCAAUACCAUAACUCGAAGAAAUAUCUCGAAAAGGCUCUUGAGAUAAGAAAAGAAAUUGGUGACAGAAUGGGAAUAGCUGAAUGCUAUGGACACCUAGGGCUUGUAUUUGAAUCACUCGGACAGUAUGACAAGGCCAUGGAAUAUAUUGACAAGUCACUUGUCAUAAGAAGAGAAAUAGGAGACAGAAAAGGAGAGGCAAUAGAUUACAUAUACGCAGGAAAAGUGUCUUACUCAGUUGGUGAGUAUGCUGACGGUAAAAAUUUCGCGCAGAAAGCACUCACAAUUCAAAAGGAAAUCGGCCACAGACAAGGCGAGCUUAGGUCUUAUAACUCUUUAGCCAUAUUCUUCUUGAACCAUGGUCAAUAUGCGAAGGCUGCACAAUACUUACGGGAGUCUCUUUUGAUAGCGAAAGAAACGGGACAAAAGGACGCGGAGAUCUUUUGUUAUCUAAACCUAGGAAAUGCUUACUGUAAUCUUGGAGAAUAUGCUGAGGCUAAGGAGAAUAUGGAAGAAGCACUUAAAAUAAGUAAAGGAACUGGGGAAGUCGAAAGACAGGUUGCGUGCCACUACAACCUCGCAUGUGUUAUGAUAUAUGAAGGAAAAACAGAGGAGUGUAUUUCGUACCUUUUUUCAAGCAUCCAAAACUGCGAGGACUUACGCACUCUUUUAGGGGACCAUGACCCGCAUAAGGUGUCUCUUUUAGACAAACACUUCCAUCCCUACCAAGUUCUCAGUAAGGUGUUUUGUCAUAGAGGAGAUUAUGUUAAAGCAUUGUACGUUUUAGAACUUGGACGAGCCAGGGCUUUAACAGAGUUAAUGUCGACUCAGUAUUUUGCUGGAAAGCAAAUUACAUUAGAUCCACAAUCAUGGAUGGGCAUUGAGGGGAUCAUCAAGAAAGGAAGUAACUUUACUUGUCUGUACAUAUCAUAUUUCGUGCUGAAUAUUUAUUUGUGGAUUUUGAAUCAGAAACAGUCAGUGCAUUUCCGACAUGUAAACAAAAGUGAAACUGUUUCGACUAUCGGACCGGUGGAAAAUUUGAACGCCUUUCUAAGAAACCCACCCUUUAGAGGGUGUCAGAAGCUACCUCAAGGGCAUUGCGAGGAUCGAUCAAUGUUCCCGUUGGUCGCUCGCUCCUCGUCGUUUCAAGCUCAGGAAGAUAGCGUUGCAUCUCUCCGCCUUGUUGAAUUGGAUGAAGACGAUCAAGAACAAGAACCGAGACCAACUCUUGAGCUACUUUACAAGAUUUUCAUCGCGCCAGUGGCUGACCUGCUUGACGAGCCCGAAAUUCUCAUUGUUCCUGAUCGUUCCUUGUACAAAAUUCCAUUUGCAGCGUUAAAGGAUGAAAAUGGGAGUUAUCUUUCAGAGACUUUCAGGAUCCGCGUUGUUCCAUCUUUGACGACUCUUAAGCUCAUUCAGGAUAGACGAGCAACCCAGUGUAAUGAUAGGAGUGUGUUGAUAGUGGAUGAUCCUGAUGUUAGCUGUGUGAGUGAGUUCUCUCAACUGUCUUUUGCAAGAAAGGAGGCAAAAAUGAUCGCCGAAUGGUUAGGUGUUGAACCUUUGUUAGGGUGUCAAGCAACAAAGCAGGCGGUACUUGAAGCGAUACAUUCAGCAAGUUUGAUACAUUUUGCUGCACAUGGUGAUGCCGAAAGAGGAGAAAUUGUUCUUGCUCCAGUGCGACCUGUCAACAGGCCUUUGCAUAAAGACGAUUACGUGUUAACAACGGCUGACGUUUCCGAAGUUAAACUUACGGCGAAACUAGUUGUCUUAAGCUGUUGUCACAGCGCACUUUGA